CUCAUCCUUGCCUCUGUUCCUAAGUUCUAUCCUCACCUUUGCUUCCUGUUCUACAUCAGCUGCUAAGUGGACUGUAGGAGGAAACAUGGGGUGGGCCACCAUUGUGAAAUACACUCUCUGGGCUCAGGACUAGCACUUCUACAAUAGAGACUGGAACUAUAAGCUGAUAUGGAUUGCUAUGUUUGAUUUGUGUUUUGUAUGGGAGUUCAAUGGAUGGAUCUGAAUGGGUACUCCAAGUUACUUGAAGUUGUUAUCGAUCCAGCUUUUGCUGUUGCAAAGUUACUUAAGUUGCACUUUAGCUCUUUCUAUUAUUGUAAUUUGCUGCUGGAAGAAGCAGCUCAGAUCCAUAUUCUGGUUCUGUUCAUUCAGAAGAUCCUAGCUUUUACUUUUUAGCUACUUUUUCCUAUGAUAAAUGAAUUAGAAUUUCCUAAAUUGCUGUCUUCAUUUAGUUUAGUUUCACACUUAUGAAGCUUGAUUUCUGCUAAAUCAAUUUCUAUGAGUUAAAUGCUGACUCCAUUGAGAUAAGUUUCAAAGUUCAAACUGAAACGAAAGAUAUCCUUUAGUUUCCAAAAGCUUUUACCUGUUUAUUAGAUUGGGGAAGAAAAGGGAGCCUAAAUUAAAGUUCAGAAGAUCAU